AUGAUAACCGGAAUCCUGUCCUUAAUGGAUGUUGCAAAGCUCUGGACACGUAUAUUGAACAACGUCUGCAUAAAGAAAUUAAACCCCGUGUUUUUUGUUGACAAUUACACUGAAUAUGUGAUUGCUCUUGGUGGUGGCUGGCAGGAAGGAGAGUUCUUUCUUAUUACUGUGACAGAUGGGAUUGUGAAUUCCACUGGCCCUUUGAGGGCUGAGAAGCAAUCAGUGUGCCAGUUUCUGAAAGUUGGGUGCAGCAUUUUGUGGGUUGUCUACUCUACAAAUGAUGACAAGUUCUUUUUGCUGGUGAAGGAGGAUGGAACAGAUAGGCACUUCAUUGUGGAAUACCGGAAAGAUGAGUAUUUUAUGCAGAUUUAUGAAGUUCCUCAGUUUAUACCCCAAGAUCCCUCAGAGAGAGGAUUUGUGAUGUUACUAGGGAAGGAGGCUUAUUCAAAUAAAACUCUCAUCCCAAGAGGUUUGGCUUUGAACCCCUUCAGUAAGAUAUUCUAUAUCUGGGGGAAUGCUAUCUUGCAAAGGUAAGACUCACUGUCCAAAACCAAAUGAUUUGGAUAUGGUUCCAGAUGACUUCCCAUUUGAAUAUAUUCCUUUUAGCUUUAGCUUUUCGGUUUCUUGAGCAGCAGGUGUAAUAUCCUCCAAAGGAGUAGUGGACUACAGCCUCCAUCAUCCACCAGUGCUGAAAAAGGAUGGGAAUUGCAGUGCCACAAUAUCUGAAAGGGCACAGUUCACCCGCCCUCUACUCCAGAAACCAAACUCUGUAGCUUCUGACUGUUUUAAUAAUGAUGGGGACUCUCCUGUGAGGCUGAUACUGUUUUUGCAUUCUUCUUUAUGUUGCUUUCUCACAGUACUGUAUUGUUUCUUUACUGUUUGGCACAGGUACCACCUCACAGUUAACUUUCCCAAUUCUCUUCCCACCUCCCUCCCUCUGCAGUGUGUAUGCUUUCCUUUCAUUGGAGUUUAUCAGACAAGAGAAAU